CUCUGGCUGGGCAUGCCAGCAUGGUACGUUGCUGCAUGCCGUGCCAAUGUGAAGAGUGGAGCUAUUAUGUCUGCUUUAUCAGAUACUGAGAUUCAAAGAGAAAUUGGAAUCAGCAAUCCUCUUCAUCGCUUAAAGCUCCGAUUAGCAAUCCAGGAGAUGGUAUCACUGACAAGUCCAUCAGCACCUCCAACAUCCAGAACACCCUCAGGCAAUGUUUGGGUGACCCAUGAGGAAAUGGAAAAUCUCGCUGCUCCGGCUAAAACGAAAGAGUCCGAAGAAGGGAGCUGGGCUCAGACCCUGGCUUAUGGUGAUAUGAACCACGAAUGGAUAGGUAACGAAUGGCUCCCUAGUCUGGGUUUACCUCAGUACCGAAGUUAUUUUAUGGAAUGCCUGGUAGAUGCGAGGAUGUUAGAUCACCUGACGAAGAAAGAUCUACGUGUGCACUUAAAAAUGGUGGAUAGCUUUCAUCGAACAAGCUUGCAAUAUGGAAUCAUGUGUUUAAAGAGGUUGAAUUAUGAUAGAAAAGAACUGGAAAAGCGAAGAGAAAUGAGUCAGCAUGAAAUAAAAGAUGUGCUGGUAUGGAGCAAUGAUCGAGUCAUACGCUGGAUACAAGCUAUUGGCCUUCGAGAAUAUGCAAAUAAUAUUCUAGAAAGUGGUGUACAUGGUUCACUUAUAGCGCUGGAUGAAAACUUUGAUUACAGCAGUUUAGCUUUAUUAUUACAGAUUCCAACACAAAACACCCAGGCACGGCAGAUCCUUGAGAGAGAAUACAACAACCUUUUAGCACUAGGAACUGAAAGACGACUUGAGGAAAGUGACGACAAGAACUUCAGACGUGGCCCCUCCUGGCGACGACAGUUUCCUCCACGCGAGGUUCACGGGAUCAGCAUGAUGCCAGGCUCCUCGGAAACGCUGCCAGCUGGGUUCAGAUUAACCACAACAUCAGGGCAGUCACGGAAGAUGGCAACUGAUGUUGCUUCAUCACGACUGCAGAGGUUAGACAGCUCAACAGUUCGCACAUACUCAUGCUGACAAGGCCUAGCAAAGAAGCCAGCACUGAAUUGUUAUGUCAUCUCUUUCUUCUACUUUACCUGAAGUGCACUACCACUACUUAGAAAAAGAGCAUUAAAACUCUCUGCAAAAACAGGGUAAUAGGGAAGAGAACACAUAAGGUAUAUCAGAUAAACAGAUCUGAUGUUCCUUUCAUGUAUCGGUUAGUUUAAAACAAGAAUUAAAAAAAUACCUACAUUACU